AUGAUGUGCUGUCCUAGACAACCAGAGGAGAGUGAAAUUAAUUCCGACUUCGAAAAACCAGAAAUAGAUAACACUUCAACUAUUGGCGGAAACUGCAGUAUUGCCGGCCAGAUCUCUAAAAUAUCGGAUGGUCGUGGCCUCGCUAUAUAUUGGACAUUGGAUGAAAGAGCUUCUGACGAAUUAAUCGCCCAUAAAAUCGACUCCUUUCUACAAGCAAAUAGUAAAAUCAUAAAACAAAAGCUCGAACUCGGAAAUGCAUAUCGAAAACUCCCACAUCUUGAAUUUAUUCGUUUAUCAUCAGAAGAUCAGAUUAUUAAACCGUCCACCGUGUAUGGUUUAAAUUGGUUGGAAUAUGCUGAACGGGUUCGUGCAAAAUACAAAGGAGAAAAACCCCCUCUGCUCACAAAUGAUGUGGAACAUCUUUUUGAUGAAGAGAAUACUAUUUCUCGGAAGUCUACCACUACAAAGUGGGCUAAGAUGUGGAGAGAACAGAACAACGCUAAGCUUAUUUCUCGACGCGAACGAAAGAAAUCCCAUAAAAUGCUGGGGCUAUGGAAUUUAGAAAAGGAAUUGGAAGAACUUGAAAAUCGAUAUAUCCCGCUCUCUAAACGCUUCCUGUUUCGAGAACUUUGUUCAGAUGUUAGUGUUUUGUCUCCGACAAUGAAGGAGACUUUCGAAGAUGUUGCACUGUAUAUCGAUGAAAAGAUUUCUGAUCAAUAUAGAUUGUUAUCCGAAGAAUCAAUGCUCUUAUUUCAACCUUUAAUGGAUGCUAAAGUAUCACCACCACCUGCAACUGACGCAUUGGUAAAGAAACAAAGCCAAUUAUUGAGUCGCAAAGAACGUCUCGAUAACGAGUAUUGGUUUUUAAGGAAACUUGAUGAAAUUUCUCCUGCUGGAGGAUUUUCAGAGAUCUCUCAGGAGGCGCUUCAUGCCGCAUGUCUUCCACGACCGUCUCGUUCGUCAAACGUCAAGACCUACGUGGAUCCGGCAGACUAUGACGUUCUACGCGUUUGGACACGCGGUCUUCAUCCCUCCAGUCUUUACCAUCUCGAUCGCUCGUUGAAACAGCGACCCAUUGACCAGCUUUCCUCUCCUCCUCCUCCUCCUAGAGAGGGUGACAAACCUACAAAAACAUUUACUAGUCGUGUUGCCUCUCUGAAUCGUUGGCUGGAACGUCUGACAAGCCUUGUAGGACCGAAACCUCUCUCCUUGGUGCCAUCUGAUUAUCUUUGCUAUAACCAUGUUCUUCUUGCAUAUCGCCUGAAGGGCGACAAUUCUCUCUGUCUGAGAAUGCUUAAGCAUGUCCCGGUCUCGCCAACAGCCAGCGGAAAUCUCUUCGCCGAAGGUGUUGUGGAUAUGCUUCCAGUACAUCGAUUUGUCGGUCUCUCCGAGAGCGCCCGUACCACUGUUGUUGUGGCAGGAGCUUUAGCCGGUGUUGGUCUGGUGAUUCUGACACCACUGACACUCCUUCUCGCCUCAACCUCCGCGACGGCAGAGGUCGUUUUGGCUUGGAGUCUUGCUAUGGCCACUACCACUGGUGCUAUUGGUGCUUUAGCUGCUUUGAGGUAUUGGAAAGCGCGAGCAGAUUGGAGUGAACGUCUUCGCAAAUUGACACUCGUUUGUGAGUUCAAUUCGGGUGGAUUCGCACUAGCGCACUUCCUUGGCUUGGCACAAGCAGAACUCUUCAAAUCUGCUCUUCUUGUCUACGCGCUACUCCUUCAACCAUCAGAGUGUAAAUUGCCACUGAAGAGAAGUCAGUUGGAAAUUCGCGCCGAAUCUUGGAUAGCCAAGCGUCUCUCUCCACAUUCCCACAUUAGUCUUCCGGCUUCCACUGAAGAAUCGUCAUCUUCUUUAAUGAGUCGAUUGCGUCAAAAUGCCGAAGGGACAUUUAAUGGAGGUUCGGGGCCUUACUUUGAUCUUCAAUUUGAUGCCGGACCUGCUCUAGCAAUCCUUCGUGAGAUGGGAUUGGUUCGUGGAAGCGAUGAAGACGGUCUUGAGGUUGUUACACCCUCCGUGAAACCUCAUGGUUUGAAAACGAAGAAACAUCUCUCAGCCCUUCUUAGCCCCGAGUAUCAAGAGGAUGACUUGGGGUAUCCCAAAAUCCUUAUUCGCCAAUGA